AUGAAUCGCCGACUAAACGAAAAUCAUAUUGCGCAAAUUAUAAACGAUUUUAGUGACUCGGAAAGCGAAGGCAUAGGAGACACGACUCAAGAGAACAUUUUGGAAGAAGUAGGUGAUAUAAGUGACUGUGAAUCAAUACAUAGCGAACAUAAUUCAGCGUCUGAAAUAGAGGAAAGCGAUGAGUCUUCCGCCGCUGAGUCCGCAGAAGAUACAACCAGUAAUAGUUUUUACGGUAAAAACCGAUUUAAAUGGAGCAAAACUCCUCCACAUUCAUCUCGUAUUAGACAGCACAACAUUAUCGAAGAGCGCGCGGGUUUGAAAGGGCCUGCUCUUUCUAAGAAUGAAAUAUCACCAAUAGAAACAUGGGAACUAUUGCUUGCUGAUGAUAUAAUCCAACUUAUAGUGCAGUAUACUAAUCAAAAGCUAGAAGCUAAAUAUAUUUCACCACUGAUACGACCUUACUAUGCCAAAAACAUAGAUAGUUGUGAGUUGCGAACUUAUUUUGGAUUAAUUUUACUUACUGCAAUUUUCAAGUCAAAUCACGAAGAUGUUAGAUCAUUAUGGGCAUCUGAUUACACUGGUAGAGACAUAUUUCGUGGCGUAAUGGGAUUGAACAGAUUUUUGUUCAUUCAUUUCAAUAUCACAUUUGAUGACCUUAGCACACGGGAACAAAGGAAGUCCACUGACAAACUGGCUUUGAUAAGCGAAAUGUUUGAUAAAUUUAUCCAAAACUGCAGUAACAACUAUACUUGCUCGGAAUAUUUAUGUAUAGAUGAAAUGUUGGUGAAAUUUCGUGGUAGAUGCUCGUUCAGGAUGUUUAUCAAAAGCAAGCCUGGAAAAUAUGGGCUGAAAGUUCAAUGCAUGUGUGAUGCAAAAACCCACUACUUGUACAACGCUUUUAUAUACACAGGAAAGCCUCUAAUACAAAGAAAUUCUUCACAAUCCGUACCAACUCAGGAUGUUUUGAAGUUGACUGAACCGGUGUAUGGAUCAAAUAGAAAUAUCACUGGAGAUAGUUGGUUCACUUCGAUUGAACUAGUGGAUCUUCUCUUACAAAAAGGACUCACAUAUGUUGGCACCAUACGAAAAAAUAAACGAGAAAUUCCACGUGAGUUUCUCCCCAAUAAGACAAGGCCCGAGGAAUCUUCCUUAUUUGGAUUUGUACGUGACAAAACAUUGGUAUCACACGUACCAAAAAAGAACAAGAGUGUAGUUCUACUUUCAUCAAUGCACCAUGAAAUAUCAGUUAAUGAGCAGUCCAAAAAGCCGGAAAUCAUAGAAUUUUAUAACAGCACUAAAGGAGGAGUAGAUGCCUUGGAUUUGAAAUGUUCAAAUUAUUCAUGCUCACGUCGAACACGGAGAUGGACAAACGCAAUUUUUGGUGCUAUAAUGAAUGUUUCAAUUGCUAAUGGUUAUGUUCUCUGGGUUCUAUCCAAUCAAAAUAAGGAAAAGAGCCGACGAAAAUACAUAAAGUCUAUUGCAAUGUCUCUUAUAAAGCCACACAUUUGCCAAAGACUGGAAAAUAAUACUAACUUGACCAAAGAUGUAAGAGCGAUAAUGAUCAAGUUGAUGGACAAAAAGCAGACUUUGCCUAGCUCAGAUGAACCUGGUCCUAGUGCCCCAAAAAUUAAGCGAAGAUGUUAUAGUUGUCCCAGAUCUAAAGAUAAAAAAAGUACUAUUGUCUGUAAGUCUUGCAAAAAAACUAUUUGCAAGCCUCAUUCAGUAGGAAUUACUUAUUGUUUACCAUGCCUACCCAAAGAAUAA